AUGGCUCACUCCGAUACUUGGUCCACAAAAACCAAUCAUCCAUCUGUCAAAAGCGGCUCUCAUUCCAAGAACUCUGAGGAGAAAGUGGAAUCGCAAUCGAGAACGAAACCCAGUUCGCCUGACAACGAAACACAAGAUACUUCCCCAUCGCAACCCAUUGAUGAAGGAUACUACUCAUUUCAAAGAGCGUCAAGAUACGCCGCAGACCCUAUAAAUCCUAACCCGGGAUACGAACAUUGGUCAGCAAAGAAAAGCAUGGAUGCCCAUAAAGCCGACAUGAGACAGUAUCUCGAACACUACGAUGAUACCUGGAGCCACGUCUCGCAAUAA